AUGCCUACACCAGUUAAAAAUAUCUCUGAAUACAAAUUACAACGUAUCCUUGAACAUAAUCAACGCCUUCGUGAGCAACUGGAUUUGCCAAGAGUGAAGGUUUCGCAGGCUAGCUCAAUGCUUAUUAAAUACGUGACAUCGACGAAAGAUUAUCUUGUACCCUCCGUAUGGGGGUUACCUGGUCCAGCAGAUCCAUUCGUCACGAAAAGCAGUGUCGCUUGUGCCGGAUGUACAAUUAUAUAA